CUCCUCUCCGUCUCUUUGGACAGCUGUGUAGGCACCUGAGUGAAUCGACGCUAAGCGGGGGAGGGGAAGCGACAGUGUAUCAUGUAUACCACUGAUUCCAGGGGACAUUCCCCUGCUUUCCUACAGCCUCAGAAUGGAAACAGCCAUCGCUCAUCUGGUUAUAUUCCAGGGAAGGUUGUCCCACUGCGUCCCCCUCCUCCUCCAAAGAGCCAAGCUUCAGCCAAAUUAACCUCCAUUAGACAAGAAGCCCGGGCCACCUUUGCACUCUCAUCUGAAGAACAGCAAGCACAGAGAGAGAGCCGAAAGCAGAAGAGACACAAAAAUACUUUCAUUUGCUUUGCAAUUACUAGUUUCUCAUUUUUUGUUGCACUUGCAGUCAUUUUAGGGAUAUCCUCAAAAUAUGCUCCAGAUGAGAAUUGCCCAGAUCAAAAUCCCCGUCUCAGGAACUGGGAUCCAGGACAAGACCCUGCAAAACAUGUUGUUAUCAAGGAGGGAGAUAUGUUCCGUCUGACCUCAGAUGUUACAGUGAAUUCUAUAGUCAUUCAGGAUGGAGGACUGCUUGUAUUCGGGGAUGAUAAAGGUGGAUCCAGAAACAUUACCUUGAGGACUCGUUACAUCCUGAUCCGGGAUGGUGGAACGCUUCAUAUUGGAGCAGAAAAAUGCCGCUAUAAAUCCAAAGCGACAAUUGCCUUGUAUGGCAGGUCAGACGAAGGCGAAAGUAUGCCAACAUUUGGCAAAAAGUUUAUAGGUGUGGAAGCUGGUGGGACACUGGAGUUACACGGGGAACGGAAGACAUCGUGGACAUUGCUGGUGAGGACUCUGCAUUCCUCAGGCUUGCCCUUUGGGUCCUACACCUUUGAAAAGGACUUUCUCCGGGGCCUCAAUGUCAGGGUCAUCGACCAAGAUACGGCCAAAAUUUUGGAAAUUGCAAAGUUUGAUACCCAUGAAUACCACAAUGAGAGUAGGCGACUGGAGGAAUUUCUGAGAGUCCAGGAUCCAGGACGGAUUGUUGCUAUAGCUGUUGGAGAUUCGGCAGCCAAAAGCCUCUUACAAGGAACUAUCCAGAUGAUCCAGGAACGCUUGGGAAGUAAGCUGAUCCAAGGACUGGGCUACCGGCAAGCUUGGGCUUUAGUUGGUGUCAUUGAUGGUGGAAGCACUUCUUGCAACGAAUCUGUGAGGAAUUAUGAAAAUCAUAGCAGUGGCGGGAAGGCUCUUGCCCAAAGAGAAUUUUAUACCGUGGAUGGUCAGAAGUUCUCUGUGACAGCUUAUAGUGAGUGGAUCGAAGGUGUUUCUCUUUCAGGUUUCCAGGUAGAGGUUGUAGAUGGAGUGAAACUUCAUCUGCUGGAUGACGUUAGCGGCUGGAAACCUGGAGACCAGAUUGUGGUUGCAAGCACAGACUAUUCUAUGUACCAAGCAGAAGAGUUCACUCUUCUCCCCUGUCCUGAAUGCAGCCGUUUUCAGGUCAAAGUCAAAGAAACCCCUCAGUUCCUGCACAUGGGUGAGAUCAUAGAUGGUGUGGACAUGAGAGCAGAGGUUGGAAUUCUCACCCGGAAUGUUGUGAUCCAAGGAGAAAUGGAAGACUCGUGCUAUGCAGAAAAUCAGUGCCAAUUCUUUGAUUAUGAUACCUUUGGAGGACAUGUCAUGAUAAAGAAAAAUUUUACUUCAGUCCAUCUUUCUUACGUGGAAUUGAGGCGCAUGGGUCAGCAGCACCUGGGACGGUAUCCUGUUCAUUUUCACCUGUGUGGAGACGUGGAUUAUAAAGGAGGGUACAGACAUGCGACAUUUGUGGAUGGCCUGUCUAUUCAUCACAGCUUCUCGAGAUGCAUCACUGUGCAUGGAACCAAUGGCUUGCUGAUAAAAGACACCAUUGGGUUUGACACACUAGGUCAUUGUUUCUUUUUGGAAGAUGGUGUUGAACAGAGAAAUACUUUGUUCCACAAUCUGGGACUCCUCACCAAGCCGGGCACACUCCUCCCCACUGAUAGGAACAACUCCAUGUGUACCACCAUUCGAGAUAAAGUGUUUGGAAAUUAUGUCCCUGUGCCUGCCACUGACUGCAUGGCUGUUUCAACUUUCUGGAUCGCUCAUCCCAACAAUAAUCUGAUUAAUAAUGCAGCUGCAGGCUCACAGGAUGCUGGAAUAUGGUAUUUAUUCCACAAGGAACCUACUGGGGAAUCCAGUGGAUUGCAGUUCUUAGCAAAACCAGAACUGACUCCAUUGGGUAUAUUUUAUAACAACAGGGUCCAUUCAAGUUUUAAGGCUGGCUUAUUUAUUGACAAAGGCGUCAAAACAACCAACUCUAGUGCUGCUGACCCAAGGGAAUACCUCUGUUUGGAUAACAGUGCACGAUUUCGGCCUCAUCAGGAUGCAGAUCCUGAAAAGCCACGUGUCGCUGCUCUGAUUGACAGGCUCAUUGCUUUUAAAAAUAAUGAUCAUGGAGCUUGGGUCAGAGGAGGAGACAUCAUCGUUCAGAAUUCAGCAUUUGCAGAUAAUGGAAUAGGAUUGACCUUUGCCAGUGAUGGAAGUUUCCCAAGUGAUGAAGGUUCUAGCCAAGAGGUAUCUGAAUCUCUCUUUGUUGGGGAGAGCAGGAAUUACGGCUUUCACGGUGGUCAGAACAAGUAUGUAGGCACUGGAGGAAUAGACCAGAAGCCUCGGACGUUACCUAGGAACAGGACAUUCCCAAUUAGAGGCUUUCAGAUUUAUGAUGGGCCCGUUCAUCUCACCAGGAGCACUUUCAAAAAAUACGUGCCAACUCCAGAUAGGUACAGCAGUGCGAUUGGCUUCCUCAUGAAGAACUCCUGGCAGAUAACGCCCCAGAAUAACAUUUCCCUUGUGAAGUUUGGUCCGCAUGUCUCUCUGAAUGUCUUUUUUGGAAAGCCUGGCCCCUGGUUUGAAGAUUGUGAGCUGGAUGGUGAUAAGAACUCCAUAUUCCACGACACUGAUGGCUCUGUGACAGGAUACAAGGAUGCUUACGUGGGAAGAAUUGACAACUACUUGAUCCGCCAUCCAAGCUGUGUAAACAUUACCAAAUGGAAUGCAGUGGUCUGCAGUGGCACCUAUGCCCAGGUCUAUGUACAGACAUGGAGCACUCAGAAUCUUACCAUGACCAUCACGCGAGAUGAGUAUCCUUCGCACCCCAUGGUGCUCCGGGGGAUUAACCAGAAGGCUGCCUUUCCACAGUACCAGCCUGUCAUCAUGCUGGAGAAGGGCUAUACCAUCCACUGGAAUGGGCCAGCACCACGCACUACUUUUCUGUACCUCGUAAACUUCAACAAGAAUGACUGGAUUCGAGUUGGCCUCUGCUAUCCAUCAAACACAAGUUUCCAGGUUACCUUUGGCUUUUUACAACGGCAGAAUGGCUCAUUAUCCAAAAUUGAAGAAUACGAGCCUGUGCAUUCAUUGGAAGAACUGCAGAGGAAGCAGUCUGAGAGGAAAUUCUAUUUUGACUCCGGCACGGGGUUACUGUUUUUGUAUCUCAAAGCCAAGAGCCACAGAGAUGGCCACAGUUACUGUUCAUCUCAGGGAUGUGAAAGAGUCAAGAUCCAGGCAGCAACAGACUCAAAAGACAUGGGUAACUGCAUGGCCAAGGCGUACCCACAGUAUUACAGACAGCCGUCGGCAGUCAAGCGGAUGCCACCCGUGCUUACUGGACUCUGUAAAGGCUGUGGCACCCGUCAGGUGGUGUUUACUAGUGAUCCUCACAACAGCUACCUCCCCGUGCAGUUCCAGUCGCCCAGUAAAGCAGAAACUCAGCGCGGAGACCCGUCUGUUAUUUCUGUCAAUGGCACCGACUUUACCUUCCGAAGUGCGGGUGUCCUUCUCCUUAUUGUGGAUGCGUGCAGUGUUCCGUUCCGCUUGACAGAAAAAAAGCUUUUCCUUCUUGCUGAUGUCAGUCGUGUGGAAGAGUAUUUAAAAACGGGAAUUCCUCCACGAUCAAUUGUUCUGUUGAGCACAAGAGGAGAAAUAAAGCAGUUGAAUAUUUCAGAUUCAUUAGUACCUCUGGGAUUAGCCAAACCAGCUCAUCUUGACAACAAAGGGAGUACCAUAUUUUUGGGAUUCAGCGGAAACUUUAAACCAUCGUGGACUAAGCUAUUUACCAGUCUUGCUGGACAGGGCCUCGGGGUGCUUGAACAAUUCAUACCUUUGCAGCUGGACGAAUAUGGUUGUCCCAGAGCCGGCAGUGUCCGCAGAAGAGACCUGGAACUGUUAAAGCAAGCUUCAAAAGCACACUAGAGACUAACUGUAACUUAAGUGCUGGGGAAAGAAAAUGUGAACUAACUUAUUUAAUUUAUGGCAUUUUAAAAUGACACUGUUAACCCAACGGAACCAUUUUCCUGUUUGAUACAAAAGGGGGAGAAAAGAAAGAAUUUAAAGUGAUUGCUUGAAUAGCAGCUCACGCACCUUCUAGUAGUACAAAAUGUUAAAGAGUUUAUUUGUAUUGGUAAGGCUGAUGCAUUCAGAGAACAGUUUUCUUAUUCCUCACCUUCCACCCCAGUGGUUUGUAAUGACCACAAGCAUUUCACUUGUAUGAUGCAGCAUAGUGGGGUGGGGGCUUCUGAGAGUCAGCCUGGGGUCUUUAGAGGACCAGCUAUUGUAGCACCUUGGAUACUUGAAUUCUAAUGUCCAGUUGUGUCGUGCAGCAGUUGACCGGGUGGCUGGCAUGUUCAGCAAUGCCUGGGGCCCUGUUUCUGGGCAGCCUUUGAGGGUUUCAUGUGAUUCUGAAUGACAGAGUUUUAAGUGGCAACUCAGGCCCAGCUCAUGCCCUUUUUUGCCUGGACAUGUGCUAUUUUUACUUAUUUGUAUACUGAUUACUUCUAAGGGUUCAACUUUCAAACAGGAAGUAUGUUGGGACAGAAGGGCUUUUAGGGAUUAGAAAUCCCUUUAAUCUGUGACUAUUGGGCAGAAAUUUGAUCUGCACCAAGGUCUGAGGUUGUUGGGACCAUUUUUGCAGCUUUAAUCCUUAGCCUGUUUUGACUGUAUAUUUGUGUUUUAAAUGCAGAGCUAAGCUAUUUACAUUUUUUUUUUAAAAAACAGGCCAUUUUCCUGAAUUGUAAUCUUGUGUCGUUUUAACUUGCACAAAGGAAGUCUGUUCUUGGUGUUGCUCUUGCAGCUGGGGGGUUUUUUUUUUUUUUUUUUUU